AAAGGUAGUGAUGUAAAUAUGGCUGUACCUCCUCUACAAUAUCAAAAAUGAUGCUUCGCUCCUGGGCCAUGAUCCGUUUGGCCCCUACGACCACCACCGCCACCAACCUAUGCGUCCGUUUCGGAGCAUCAUCACCGAGGAAACCCCGAGUCCCUCUCUUCCUCCGCCCUCUGGUCUACACCACCACCAUCCCGGACCUGCAGAAGUGGCGUUCGUGGGCCAGAAAUCUCGCCCUCUCCGUGGGUUCGAAGUUUGUCGAGCUCGACAACGGCCCCGACUCUCACACCCUCUGCAGAGAGGUCGAAUGGCUCUUGGAGGAUGCCGUCGAGGGCUACGACGCGCGGCUCCGGCAGACGACUGCCACCGACAGCGGCGGCACCUGCCUCAGGAUGAGGGCCGGUUUGGGCGAGCUUUACUGCUUGUGGAAGGAAAGGGUGGAGCAGAGGAGGCCGUUUCAGUACGUUGUCGGUUGCGAGCACUGGGGGGACAUCGUCCUGAGCGUCGAGGAAGGGGUGCUCAUCCCGCGUCCGGAGACGGUGCAGGUGGUCGAAUUAGUGGAUCAGCUGUGCUCGGCAGACCAGAGGUUUCGAGAAGGCCUCUGGGCUGAUCUAGGUACCGGGAGUGGCGCCAUUGCCAUUGGAAUAGGGAGGAUCUUGAAGGGGAGAGGGAGGGUGGUCGCCGUUGAUCUCAGCGACGUCGCUGUGGCGGUUGCCUCAUACAAUGUGGAGAGACACGGGUUGCAGGAUAUAGUGGACGUGAGGCAUGGAUCCUGGUUUGAUCCUUUGGAAGAUGUCCAAGGCAAGCUAGAUGGGCUUGUCAGUAAUCCUCCCUAUAUUCCAAGUGAUCAAAUCUCUGGAUUGCAAGCUGAAGUUGGCAGACAUGAACCAUUAAGUGCACUGGAUGGAGGUCAAAAUGGCAUGGAUGAUCUUCUUUGCAUAUGCCGAGGAUCUGUUACUGCUUUACGACCUGGUGGAUUUGUAGCUUUUGAGACAAAUGGUGGAGAGCAGGCAGAUUUUGUUGCAAACUUCUUGGGGAGAAAUAAUUUCUGUAAUGUGAAAGUAGUUACUGAUUUUGCAGGAAUUCCACGGUUUGUGACUGGAUUUCGUUCAUAAUGCACACAACAAUGAAUUCCUAAAUCCUGCUUGGUGCAUGCUUGGAAGAUAUGUUGUUCUCUUAAAGGAAGUGCAUUUUAAUUGCGUUUUCUUCAAAUUACUAUUUCAAGUGUAAUUAUCAUUUCCUCUUUUUAUUUGUCCAAUUUUUUAUGUUCUUUGUCA